AUGUUUGAAACAUUUUCCAGAAUUGAACAAUCAUUCUUGCUCUCUUUUCAUUCUCGAAAAAUUUGGUUAUCUACGAAUAUCGAAAUUCAACGGUCAAUACUUUUAUUUGGACCAUCUGGAAUAGAUUUUUUGUAUAUUCAUUGUCCAAAGCUAUUUAGUUUAACAAUUGGUGAUUUGGCUAAAGAAUUUCCAGCUGAAAAAGAAAAUGGUUUAGGAAAUUAUUUUCUUUUGGCUCGUAAUAAUCAACCAAGUGUAUUGUUGUUAGAAAACAUUGAAUUAUUCUUUCCGGCGGAUAAUGAACCUUUAUUGUCAUUUUAUUUUUGUGAAUUAUUAGAGAAUUUUAUUACACAAGAUGUGGAAGUUUUAAUCGUUGGCACUACAACCAAUUUAAAUUCAAUAAAUCCAAUUGCUCGUACAAUAUUUCAAGUAAAUAUUUUUGGAUUUUAUAUAAAAGAUUUAGAUCUUGCGGAUGGAAUAAAUAUUAAAAAAAUUAAUGAAAUGUGUCAUGGAUUUAUUGCAGCGGAUAUUGUUUGUUUAUGUAGAAUGGCUUCAGAGAUGGUAAACAUUCGUAGCAUUGAACAAACAGGAGAACCAGGACAAUUAAAAAUUACUAAUCAAGAUUUUAAGGAUAGCUUUAAGAAAAUAAAUAUUAGUAGUUUACAAAAAAGAAAUAACAUACAAAAGGUUGAAUCCGUAAAAUGGGAACAAAUUGGUGGUUUGAAUGAAGUAAAGAAAAUAUUAGAAGAAUCAGUAAUAUGGAUAUACAAGCACGCUGAUGCUUUUCGUCGUUUGGGAAUUAAACCUUCAAAAGGAGUUCUUUUAUAUGGUCCACCAGGAACUGGAAAAACCUUACUUGCAAAAGCUGUUUCCACUGAAUCUUCAGCACAUUUUAUUCCAGUAUCAAUUCCGGAUUUAAUUAAAAGCGAGAAGGCAAUAGAAAAUAUAUUUAAAAUUGCUCGUCAAUGUAGUCCGUGCAUAAUUUUUUUGGAUGAAUUGGAAGCAUUAUUUGGAAAUCGAGAAUUUAGUGGUGGUUUAGGAAAAAAGUUAAUUUCACAAUUAUUAUUAGAGUUAGAUCAAUUAGAUACAGUUGAUCAAGGAAUUGUUAUUCUUUCUGCAACUAAUAGUCCAGGUUCUAUUGAUCCUUCUUUACUUAGGCCAGGAAGAUUGGAUAGACUUGUCUAUGUGCAACCACCAAAUUUCAAGGAGAGAAAAUCAAUAUUAACAAUUUUAAGCAAUACAAAAAUAAAAAUUUCCAAUGAGGUCAAUUUAGAUGAAAUAGCCAAUCGAACAGAAAACUUUACGGGAGCUGAUAUUAAAGGAUUAUUACAGCGAGCUGCAUUGUUAGCGAUUAAAAGAUGCAAGAAAAAGAAGAGUAGUAGUGAUAAUAAAGAAGAUAAUAAAGAAGAGGGGGAGGAGCCUUCUAUCAGUUGUGCACAACUUGAACAAUAUCAAAAGUUUGAAGAAUCAAUAUAUAAAAUUUCAUAA